AACAAUUUUUAUUUGGGAAGCGGUCUUCACUUUUAGUAUUUUUAUCAAGUCAAAGGUCAAGUGGCCCCAAAGAAUGGCAAAACACCUGUUAUCGAUAUAUGUGCUCACAUCGCUAUUAAUCGCCCAGUCGACGAGAACAACAAAACAAAGCGGCAGUGUUGAUUUUAAUUUCCUAUUUUAAUUUUUUUAACAACUGCGCUUUUAUUUUAUUUACACAUGGACCAACUAAAGGGCUUAGUCAAGGCCUACGAGGCCUGGGUGGCCAAGAAUCCCGAUGUAGUUGGCGACUUCGAGACCACAGCCAAAUGGGUGUCGUACUUUGUGGCAGGUCGCAUAUCAAACUCAAAUGUGCUGUCGGAACUUGUGUACACACUGUCCAACAUCCUGGUGUUUUACAACGACCGCAUCAUCGACCGGGCACGUGCUGUUAACCACAACGCCGUGAUCCGUCUGCAAACCGGCCUUUGCUAUCGACUAAAGGUCACGCUGACGACGCUCGAAUAUUGUGAGGUGUUCAUUGAGAUAUCAGCACGCCGACUGUUCGGCCAGAAAGGAAAAUGGCUGGUGAUAGCACUUAUACAGCUUGCCAAGGCAGCUGGACGCUUGUUUCUGCUGAAACAUUCGACUUUGGACAUAAUCACCUCACCGCCCAUCACAGCCCUUAAUCGACGUGCGCUGAGCAAACAGCGUCAAGCAGCAUCUGCCACCGCCGCCACUGACAGUUUGUCCCAAUCGGAGCACUCCAUAACGUUUCAAUUGAAACGUUCAGGUCGAAUUAUACGCAAAGUCGAGGGUGCUCCGCCCAUUCAGUAUCGCGACUUUAAACUGCAUGUGGACAAUGCGGAUGCGGCCAAGACUCAAAUGCCACGCGAAUUGCUGCAAGCCGAGUAUUUGUACAUUGCUAAACCUCUGGUACAUCUGGCGGCCAUGGGUCUGUUUGGUCAGCGCAGCUGGAAACAGUACAUGGUUGCUUUGUCCAUUGAUCUGUAUAGCGUGCAUGUGUAUCGCCAGCAUCGCCAUCUGAUGUCCAAGCAACAGAAAUUGGAGCUGAGCAGGCGAUGCGUGAACCUGUUGUAUUUUCUGGUGCGUUCGCCCUUCUAUGACAACUACAGCAAGUCGAGGAUAGAGCGAGUGCUCGGCUUUGUCGCGCAGCAUGUGCCCAUUGCCAAGGUGGUGGCUGGUCCUAUAAAGGAUUACAUUCCACAGUGGCAAAACACUUACUUCUAUUUGUGGUCAACUUAAAAGUAUUCCGUUUUAGCCUUAAGUGUUAAAGUAAACUAAAUAAAAGUGGUCGAAUGGGGUGGUGAAUAAAAUUAAGAUUCGAAAUGUUUAAACGAUCAAAAUAUGCUUUAUAUGUCUGUUCAAACAUCUAGAUCUCAGGGACUAUAUAAGCUGAGGUCAUCAAAUUUGAUGACAAUGCGUCUUCAGUUUCUCAGAUCAAGUUUGUUUUAUAAUUUUGCUACAAAUAUUUGUGAACGCAACAUUGAAGCUAGCAGCAUGAACUUUUGCUAGGUUUAAUGAUAAUCGCAUUCCAAAUAGCUUAAG